AUGACGCCAACAGACGUCCGAACGAUGAUCAAGAAUUAUCCGUGGAGUCCCGGUUCUGGAAUCACCCUAUUAUUGAGUCUCGAUUUCGGGACCGUGCACUCCACCGCUGCGGUUCAGAUCGUGCUGGAGUCCUGCGGUUCGGUAUCGGGAAACGUCAAGUUCGAGGAAGGACUCUUUGUCGGCACGCGACAGCGGCAGAGUUACCGCGUGCCCUCAAAGGUAGCCAUUACAUCCCGGUGUGCCAGAGCACUUGGCAAGCCGAAACGGUGUGUGUUGAUAUUCGGUCACGACGUCGAUAAGGCCCUGGAGGACGGCUGCAUCACCAAUGAAAAUGUGUUCGAUCUGUUGAAAUUGUUCCUGUUCCCCGAAUAUGCCAGCGACGACAGCGCAGCUGCCGGCGAUCGACUGAUGAAACUGACCAGAGCAAAGCACGAUGCUCUGAUCGAGAAAAUUGCGAGGGUUCAUGGUGGGAAGGUCUUGUAUAGGGAUCGCCUGGAUGAACCUGAGUGGGAAGUCCGUGACAUGGGAGAUGUCGUUGUUGCUUACCUACAUUUCAUUUGGCACAACACUCUGUUAGAGGUUGCUCACAAGUACAACAUCGACACCGACAACCCGAACCCCGAGUUCGAGAACCUCUGCCAGAUCUUUGCAAACAAGAUGCACGUCGCAGUAUCUGUGCCCACCGUGUGGCAACGGGAGACGCAAGAGCAUUUCUUGAACCUCUUGGGUCGCGCCGGAUUCCCCGGCUCGACCGCGGUCGUCUCGGAAGCAGUCUCUGCGGCCAUAGGCCACCUCAACAUGAUAUCGGAUUUCGAAAGCCACACAAGCGAGUCAGAGAACAUGAUUGUUGCAGAUAUUGGUGGAGCGACGCUAGGUGUGGCUGGAGUCAGGAAGUACUUUCGAGAUGGUCUGGCCCGGUUUGGGGAAAUCGUGCCUGAAAAGGGCGCGAUCAACGGUUCUCUCCUGGUCAAUCAAGCGAUUAAGAAAUACCUCGACGACAAAACGAAUCGCCAAACCUUGAAGACUGUCCUCAAGCACCUCCACUGGAAGGAGGACGAAUGGUCCCAGCACAUCAAAGAUGGCAUCGAGGAAGCAAAAAGACUCUUCAAGAACACUGAUUCAACGUGCUUGAUACCGUUGCCGGGUUUGGGGCGGGUACGUGAUUUAGAGCCUCAGAUUUGCCGCAGUCUGCUUCCAGGUUCGCAACUCACAGUCAACGGGUUGAUCAUCGGCAACGACGUGCUGACAAAAAUUCAUGACGAGUGGCUGAAGGAAAUCGUCGACGUUAUCAGAGAAUGCCAGAACGAUUUCCAACAGCGCUGUCCAAAACAACCGCUCCCUGCUCUCAAGCUGUGUGGAUGGGGUUCUUUGCCACGUCAUGUCUUGCAGAAGUGCACAGACGUCUUCCAAGGGGUCCCGGUCACUCUUUUGGAAGAUCAGGUUACUCCUAUCGUCGCGAACGGAAAUUUGGUGACAUUGCUUCGCGCAGACCUGUUCUUCGAAGUACCGGCUUGCCGCAGCUAUGGCAUCAGACACGACAUACCUUGGCAAGACGUCGAUGAGGCCCAUCAACGAAGGUCGGAGUUAGAAGAGGCACGGACGGAUGAUGGGGAUUACCUCCUCGACCGUGCUCUGUGGGUCGUGGAAAAGGGUCAAAGCCUCAUCCAUCCGACAAAAACAUUCACUGUGCAGAGUAAGAAACGCUUGUCGGCACCCAACAUGAAACGGGCGUUUCCAUUCGAAUGGAAAAUUGACAUCGUUGCGAGCGAUUCGCUUCAAGUCGGCUCUACCGACAAAUAUGUGAGCGUCUCACAAGCACUUGCAGCCAACACAAUUCAGAUUGUUGGAAGACACUCAAUGAAAAUCCAGCAACAAGACUGCAAGAUCAAAGCCAUUCGCUGGGACCCUGCUUUGCAAGAACCGGCGUAUAUCGAGUUCGAAUUUCGAGUGAGGGUGGACUGCAGCACGAUACGCCCACAUAUUCACAUCUCGAUACCUAAGAGCAACGGGAUAUUCAGAGAGAAGUUGGCAGCCACAGGCAAGGGAAAGAGCGAGCCCUGCCACAGAAUUUCAGCUUCUCUGGGGUCUUUCCUUGCCCACACCACGUUUCACGACAAUGAAAAAGCUCGGCUUGAUGUUGAUGGAGAACUAAGCGAGCAGGACAAAGAAGCAAGAAUGGAUACAGAUUGA